UCAGCAUCAUCAAUGAUGGCAACGCCUAGAUUGAGGACUUGUGGUAGAUUUCCCACCUGCUAUUUCCCUUAUGUGAUUUAUGAAAGGGACCUGAACCCUACCAGGAAUUUCCGUCGUACUUUUCCUGGUAGCGUCAAGGCAGCUGAACGAGAUCGAGUUAUUAAAAUUACAUCGCAGCAGCCUGUGUUUUGCGUUACCAACCGAAGGCAUGAAGGAAACCACCACGGUUGCUGCAACUCGACCAGAUUUCAUAAGAUGGAUAUGCUCCAAGGACAGCAGCUUGUGAACAAGCAAAAACAAUCUAUUUUGUCCGAAAUAGCCGUUGGGAACAAGAAUAUUAUUUGUUAUUACUUUUCAGCUCACUGGUGCCCUCCUUGUCGUAUGUUUACUCCAAUCCUGGCUGAUUUCUAUAGGGAUUUGCCAGAUGAUGGAGUAGAAUGUAUUUUUGUCUCCUCAGAUCGCAGUGAAAAUGACAUGAUGCAAUACAUGCAAGAGUCACAUGCUGAUUGGCUUGCUAUACCAUGGGGAACUCAACUUUCGGCGGCUCUAAAAGCAAAGUAUAAUGUCAGUGGUAUUCCUUGCCUUGUUGUAGUUAAGCAAGAUGGAACUGUUAUAACAAAGGAUGGAAGAAGUGAUGUUCAUCGCCUUGGUGCUGGUUGUCUUCAACAAUGGAGAAAAUAGUCCUAUCAGACUGCAAACAAAUAAUGUCAUCACUUGCUGUUUUUUUUUGCUGUACUUAUGGGAAAGUCAUUUUGUAUUUUUUUUUCUCACAACUUUAGUUUAACCCCAAGCUAUUGCCUUUUCUGAAAAGCAACAAAUCCUAUGAACCAGUCUUUCCCCCUUACCAAAAGCUAUAUACCAAUUUCACAAUGCAUUAUAUAGGGACUAUGUAUGCAAUUAAAUUGUAUGUUGGCAAACUGUCCCAAAUGCCAAGGUCUAAUACUUACAAAUGUGCGUUUUACCAAUAAUAAUGAUUAGAACUGAAUUUUCCAUCGUUAUCUAAUCUGAUUAAGCUAUAAGCACAGUCGAGAACCUUGUUUGGUGUUAAAAAACUAUGGAUACUUAAUAUACCGAUAAAAGAUAA